AAAAAACGAAUACCCAUUAAAUAAAUUAUUAACUAAUAGAAGCAGACGAAAUACCAGAAGACCAGCAUGGAGAAGACAUCUUACACAUGUGACAAGUCGUACGGUAAAAGUAGCGAUUCGACGGCACAUAAACGCACGCAUACUGACGAAAAAACAUACGUAUGUGAUGUAUGCGAUAAGUAUUUCACUCAAAGUGGCCAAUUGACGGCACAUCGACGCAUACACACUGGCGAAAAACCAUACGUAUGUGAUGUAUGCGAUAAGUAUUUCACUCAAAGUGGCCAAUUGACGGCACAUCGACGCACCCACACUGGCGAAAAACCAUACGCAUGCGAUGUGUGUGACAAGGCGUUUUCUGUAAGUUAUAGUUUAACAGCACAUCGGCGCACGCAUACUGGCGAAAAACCGUACAGAUGUGAUGUAUGCGACAAGUCGUUCUCGCUAAGUUACAGUUUGACGGCACAUCGACGUACGCACACAGGCGAAAAACCAUACGCAUGUGAUGUGUGUGACAAGGCGUUUUCUGUAAGUUAUAGUUUGACGUCACAUCGACGAACGCACUCUGGCGAAAAACCAUACGCAUGUGAUGUAUGUGACAAGGCGUUUUCUGUAAGUUAUAGUUUAACAGCACAUCGGCGCACGCAUACUGGCGAAAAACCGUACAGAUGUGAUGUAUGCGACAAGUCGUUCUCUAUAAGUUACAGUUUGACGGCACAUCGACGAACGCAUACUGGUGAAAAACUGUACGCAUGUGAUGUAUGCGAUAAGUCGUUCUUUGUAAGUAGCAAUUUGACGGCACAUCGACGAACGCACACUGGCGAAAAACCGUACGCAUGCGAUGUAUGCGACAAAUCGUUCUCUGUGAGUAGCAAUUUGACGGUACAUCGACGCUCGCAUACGGGCGAAAAACCGUAUGCAUGUGAUGUAUGUGGCAAGUCGUUCUCUAUGAGUAGCAGUUUGACGGUUCACAAGCGGACACACACAAAGCACUGAUCUGAUUGAUCAAAGGUCCAAGGGACAUAUUUAAAUAUGAUAAAUCAUGUUAUCUAUUAUUAUGGUAACACCGUUAAAGUGUUAAUUCUGUCUUGUAUUUUUUUUCUUUAAACUAAUUAGCUAAUUUGUCAUAUC